UUUUUGAUAUAUUUUAUUUAUUAAUAAAGUGUUAUUUAUAGUAGUACUCUUCAGAAAUUAGAUCAACUUCAUAAAGAAGAACUUUCAGAUUUAAGGGCAACAACUCGUGCCAACCAAUCGAAUCUGGAAAAUUAUGUUGCAAAAUUAAAGAAGCAGCAUAUAACACAAAAACAAUCAGAUUCCAAAGACUCAAGUACAAAUACAUCUGAAAAUGAAGGAAAGAAGGAUUUAAGUGAUACUUUUAGCAUUUCAAGUGAGAAAAGUAUAUCUCCUGCUGAAAUGUGUCCAAAUUGCAAAGUAAUUGCAGAUAAAACUAUAGAAAAGAAAGUAGAUUUAAUGAAAAAGCAGUCACUUAAACGUGAUAAAACAAUUCAAGGAUUGACUGAAAUUUUGUACAGGAAAGAGAAAGAUUUAAAAUAUUUCAGAAAUAAACUGGGUGAGAAAGAAGCUCUUGAUCAAUUAUUAAAGCUAGUCAAGCAGUCAGUCAAUAGUGCCAUUACUACAACAGAAAUUGAUCAAACUGUGAUAACUAAUUUAUCCAUUGCUCUUCGAAAGUAUUUGUCUACGUAUCAAGACAAAGAAGAAAUAGAAUCACUAGAAAAUAGCAUUGAGUCAUUUGAAAAACAUUAUUUGCAAUGGUUAACAAUGAUGCAAAAUAAAUCUGUUAAUAAAGAGGAGAGUUCACUUGAGGAAACUAAUGAUGAUAUGAAAAAAGAAUUGGCUUCCCUUCAUCAAGCAGUUAAGGAUAAAAAUUUAUUCAUACAGGAACUCUUGACUGAACGAAAAAAUGCUGUGACCGAGAACAGUAAAAGUGUAGAAAAUUUAUUGAAUAAUUUGAAACAAAAAGAUAUUUAUAUCCAAGAUUUACAAUCAAAAUUGGAAGAACUUGAAAAAUGCUUAAAGAAAGAAGAGAAUAUUAAAGAAAAGGAUUUAAUUCAGUCGAAAGUUGAUAUUACGGAAUUGAUGAACAAAAAGGAAGAAUUGGCAUCUGAUAACGAAAAAUUAAAGUUGGAGCAUUCUAAAAUUAAAGAGAAGCUUGAUGCUGUUUUAAGACAAAAAGAUAAUGAAAUAGAAAGACUUAAUGAACUUUGUGAAAAAUUACAACACAAAACUGAAGAAUUAGAAUUUGAAAUUGAUGAAAAAAUGGGAGAAUUGCAUGAAUGCGAAAAGGAAAGAGACAGUUUAAAAGAACAGUUUUCUUUGCAGAAAGAGAAAGCAAUAGACAUUGUAAAUUAUGAAAAAGAAAUUGAAUUGGUGAAAGAGCAGUUUGAAAAUAUAAAAUUGGAAUUAGAAAAUACAAAAUUAGCGAAUAAUACUUUACAAAAUGCGAUUACAGAAAAAGAUAAUUUGUUGGAAAUCGUUAAUAAAAGGCAUAUAGAAUUGCAGAAUGAAUAUAUUAAAAGUCAACAUAGUUUAACUGAAAAAGAUAAAUUAUUCUGUGAACUUAAAACAAAACUAGAAGAAAUGACAUCCGAUUUCAGUAAAAUAAAAAAGAUAAAACAGUUUGAAAGUGAUGAACUAGGAAGGUUACGAAAUGAAGGAAAAAUAGCAAUAGAUGCAAAAGAAAAACAAAUACAAGAAUUAAAAUGUUUGUUACAAGAAAAAACAUUAAUGAUUGAUGCACUGAAUGUUGAAUUAGAAUUGAAAGAGAAUGUAGCUGAACAAUUACAUGACAGUGAACACCAUAAAUCAGUUAAUAGGAAAGAUUUCAAAAUUAUGAGUAAAAGGAAUUCUUUGAAUAAAUUUGUGUCACAAUUGAAAAGACACAGUCUUCCUGUAUAUGUAGAAACUGAGAAAUGUUUUUCAAGACUAUUGGGCCAAAAUUUAACAAGUUUUGGACAGUCUGAUGAUAUUUAUGUUCUAAAAGAAGAAAUCUGUUUUCUUAUUCUUAAGAUAGAAAAUUUGGAACAGCAGAUUCAGGAGAGUAAUGGUGGCGUUGGUAGCAAUUUAAACCUGCUUUCUGGUGUUUCAGAAGUAUUUCCAGUAAGUUUAUUUUUAAUAUAA